AUUUACUAAAUAUUACUGAUUGUGACCUGUACUGUACGGACAUCGCUGUGGGCGAGACGACCACGAUUUCAUUUAGUAUUCGUAUAGAUGUAGUAUGAUGGCGGCGCCCACAGGAUUUGAUUUCUGUGUCGCAAGAAAUGCAUUUAAUAAAGUCAUUCAUCAAGUUGUAGAUGAAAACUCAUUGGAACCAUAUAAGAAAUUUAUUGACAGCUUUCCAGCAAGUGAGGGUGAGAAGAGGGUGACUAUUGACCAGUCUUUCAGAGACGUUUUAAGAGACCUUACAAGUUCUAACAAUGGUUGUGAGGUAUACAGAAAAUUCAUUUGUCUCACAAUUGAUGCUGUUACAGCAGACCUGUGUACUCCUACAAUACCAUUUAUGUGUAUAACAGAUGUAUUUGAUGUUAUACCCAUUGACCAAUGUGAGGACAUGUUUGGUCUGGUUGAAGAUAAGGUCAAGGUUUGGAAAUCUCAAAUAUUCUAUGAUACAGGGAAGAAUUUCUUGCUGCGAAUGUGCAAUGAUUUGUUACGACGUUUAUCAAAGUCUCAAAAUACAGUGUUUUGCGGAAGGAUUCAACUAUUUUUAUCCAGGUUAUUCCCUCUUGCAGAAAAGUCAGCAUUAAAUCUGAUGAGUCAGUUUAACCUAGAGAAUGUGACGUUGUACAAUCAAGCUAAACCUGAACAAACUGUAGACAAGGAUGGAGAGAAAAAAGAAGCAGAAACUAUGGAAACAGAAGAUGAAGAACAUAAAACAGAGACACCUAUAGACUACAGUUUGUACAGAAAGUUCUGGGCAUUACAAGAUUUCUUUAGGAAGCCAAGUCAAUGUUAUGAGAAAAAAUUAUGGUCAACAUUUCUGACAAAUUCAGAUUCAGUAUUUGAAGCAUUUGCCAGUUCAAAACUUGAUGACAUGAAAUCGUCCAAGAAGAAAGUUGAUCAGAGACGAAAUCUAGAACCAGAUGCUUUCUUUGCUAAAUAUCUCACUAGUGAAAAGUUGUUGAAUCUUCAGUUGAAUGACAGUAAUUUCAGGAGAUAUGUUUUGGUACAAUUCCUCAUUAUAUUCCAGUAUUUAAGUGCCCCUGUCAAGUUUAAAGGUCAAGCUCAUACACUGAGUGAUGAACAAUGUAACUGGAUAAAGUCAUCUUCAGAGAGGAUUUAUCAGUUAAUUAAAGAGACUCCACCUGACGGGGAACAGUUUGCCAAGACUGUGGAACAUAUACUAGAGAGGGAGGAACACUGGAACAGGUGGAAAAAUGAUGGUUGUCCCGAUUUUGAGAAAAAACUUACAGAUGAUGCAAAGAAACAACAAAGAAGAGCAAAAAGACGUCGUAUAGGAGAUGAUUUACAGGCAAGCGGUGGUAAAGUCAUUAAAAUGGGUCAUCCGGAACUAACAAGACUUUGGAAUCUAAAUCCCAAUAAUAUGAAUGCUUGUAAAUCAGAUGACAGGGUAUUUUUACCAACAUUGGAAGAUUUUUUCCAGGAAGCAAUAGAGCAGAAUGAUCCUGAAGCUCAAGUUGAAGAGGAGUACAAGUUAACAAAUGAUCAGACAUUUCAAUGGAAGGCAUUAAGACUGCUGGCGAGACGUAGUCCACAGUUCUUCACAAAUUCUGCCACACCAGCCCAGGAUCUCAAAUCUUAUCUCAAUGGAAUGUUGUCUAAAAUUGCAAAACAAUUACCAAAUCAGCAAAGUGAAGAAAUGAAGACUGACGUUGAAGAUGAAGAAGGUAUUAAAGAAAGUCAAGACGAUGAAGAUAUGAAAAGUACUGAACAAGUUAAAGAAGAGAUGGAGAGUAAAGAAAUAGUUUUAAACAAGCAUAUAAUACGAUGUGUGGCUGAGAAAGUUGGCAAAGAUUGGAAGAAGGUGGCAGUAGAACUUGGCUUUCCUGAGGAUGAUAUAGCUUUCUUUGAGAGUGAAGAUCUUACUGAUGCUGACACUGGAGCUAAAAUACUUACUAUCUGGAUGGAGGAAGACCCUGACAAACAUUCUGCUGCAGCACUGAGGGUGGCAUUGACAGAGGUCGGGCUUCAAGAUGUUGCCAAUAGUCUGACUGGACCAUCCUGAUCUUAUCCUAAAAUUAACUCAAACUGUCUUACUGAAACAAACACUUGUGAACGUUUUUAUUGUUGAACUUGUUUUUGAAACAUUGUUGUGGUCCGAUGUUCUGUGUUUUGCUGAUUUUUAAAGCUUUGAUUGCAACUGAUACAACAAUAAAUUAUUAUAAAAAUGUUGCAAGGAGAGAGUAAAAUAUGUACAGUAACAAUAAAAGCUCAUUGCAAUUCUAUAAUAUGUUUGUGAUAACGGAGAAAUAAAAACUUAAGUUAGUCUAAUUGUAGACAUGUUAUGUUGUCAUGUUUAAAAGUAACUUAUUUACAAUAUUGAUACAGGAAUAAUUUCAUUUUGGAAAUGUGCAUUUACUGCUUGAUAGUUGGGUCAUAUUCUAAAAAUAUGAAUUUUUAAAGUAAAUAUUUGUGAAAUGUAAGUUGAAUAAAUUUGAUUGGACAGUUUAUGUACUGGUAUAUCCAUUUACCAUUGCCAUUUUGUUCAUUUUAAGAUGAUAAUAAAUUGUCUGAAAUCACA